CCACCCAUAGUUAUCACUCCAAGGACUAUUGUUCAGUAUUUUGUUUUAACCAGCAUUAAUUACGGUGGAAGGAAAAAGUUAACUUCACACCCUUCCUGCUGCGCUUGAAAGUGAAGAAAUAAUACAGCUAUAACUCCAAGCUAUGCAAGUGAAAUAGCAAUGCACAAGCACAUUGCAGAACAUUUACAUGUGUGCAUGGCACAAAGGACUGGGGCUCGCAAGAAUAAAGAACAAGCAUACUCAUAUUGUAGUGACAACAUGAAGGGCCAGAAGAAGUGAGAACAGUGCAGUUUUUACUUCAAAGUUCUUCUAGAUGUCUGACUACAAACGUGCUACGUUUCAUGAUGAGGAUAUUCCGGACUCUACAGGGGAGACAGCUUCAUCUCCUGAUACUGUAGAGGUUGGUUUUCGGAAGGGAAGAGGGCACAUCUUUAGUUUCCUUGGAGGUAGAUCUCAGCCUGAAGUUUUUCUGGGCAUCCUAAGUGCAGUUCUAGGAUUGUUGCUCAUUGGAAGUCUAAUUGCUUUGGGAGUUCAGCAAGUCUCAGACAAGUCCCGAUCUCUGUGUCUCUCUGAAGCCUGCAUUUCUGUAGCUGGACGAAUACUAGAUUCCAUAGACAGAGAUGUGGACCCAUGUGAAGACUUCUAUCAAUACUCCUGUGGGGGUUGGAUGAAGAGAAACCCAUUACCAGAUGGACGGUCAAGAUGGAAUACAUUUAACAGUAUAUGGGAUCAGAAUCAGGCUGUGCUGAAACACAUACUUGAGAAUGCCACAUUUAACUCUAGCAGUGAGGCGGAGAUGAAGACACAGCGGUUUUAUCUCUCCUGUCUGAAGGAGCAGAAAAUUGAGGAGCUUAAAGAAAAACCUCUCACUGACCUCAUAAAGAAGGUUGGUGGAUGGAAUGUCUCAGGUAACUGGCGGGGCGAUAAUUUUAUGACUGUGUUGAAGACUGUCUCAGGAACAUACAGGGCAACCCCAUUCUUCAGUGUCUUUGUCAGCGCAGACUCCAAGAGCUCAAACAGCAACAUAAUCCAGGUAGAUCAAUCUGGACUCUUUCUUCCGUCAAGAGAUUAUUAUCUCAAUAGGACAUCUAAUGGGAAGGUGCUUGCUGCCUUCCAGCAAUACAUGAUAGACGUGGGGAUGCUGCUUGGUGGCUAUUCUGGCUCAGUGGAAAUACAGAUGACCCAGAUUCUGGAGCUUGAGACCCUGCUAGCCAAUAUUACUGUUCCACAAGAUGAGCGUCGGGAUGAGGAAAAAAUUUAUAAUCGCAUGACGGUGGCUGAACUGCAGAACCUGGCACCUGUAUUUGACUGGAUGGAUUAUUUGUCCUUUGCGCUCUCACCUUUGGAGAUCAAUGACACAGAGCCUGUGGUGGUUUAUGGCAAGGAAUAUCUACAGCAAGUGUCAGAACUGGUCAACAACACAGACCCAGUUAUACUGAACAAUUACCUGAUUUGGAACCUUGUCCAGAAGAUGUCCUCCAGUCUAGAUUCUCGUUUUGAGAAAGCCCAGGACAAAUUACUUGAGUCACUCUAUGGAGCAAAAAAGUCUUGUACUCCUCGCUGGCAGACCUGUCUGUCCAAUUCAGAUGAUACACUUGGUUUUGCCCUGGGAUCUCUGUUUGUUAAAUCUAUGUUUGAUAAGAACAGUAAAACAAUUGCAGAACAGAUGAUCUCCGAGAUUCGAGCAGCUUUUGAGUACACGUUAGGAGGUCUAACAUGGAUGGAUGAAAAGACAAAGAGAACAGCAAAAGAGAAGGCAGAUGCUAUAUAUGACAUGAUAGGAUUUCCCGACUUUAUCCUUGAUACAAAAGAACUGGACGAAGUGUAUGAUGGGUUUGAGGUGUCCGAGGAUUCCUUCUUUCAGAACAUGUUGAAUUUCUACAAUUUUUCAGCUAAACUUAUGGCUGAACAAUUAAGGAAACCUCCAAACAGAGAGCAAUGGAGUAUGACACCACAGACAGUCAACGCUUAUUAUUUGCCAAACAAGAAUGAGAUUGUCUUCCCAGCAGGCAUCCUUCAGGCUCCGUUCUAUGCUCCCACACACCCAAAGGCUCUAAAUUUCGGGGGCAUUGGGGUAGUCAUGGGACAUGAACUGACGCAUGCAUUUGAUGAUCAAGGCCGGGAAUACGAUGAGGAUGGUAAUCUACGUCCUUGGUGGCAAAACACAUCUCUGGAGGCAUUUAAAAAUCGUACUGAGUGCAUGGUUAGUCAAUAUAAUGCUUACAGUGUGAACGGAGAAAAGGUCAAUGGACGCCAAACACUUGGGGAGAACAUCGCUGACAACGGUGGCUUAAAGGCAGCAUACCAUGCAUACAAAUCCUGGUUACAGAAACAUGGUGAAGAAAAACGAUUGCCUGCAGUGGGAAUGACCAACCAUCAGCUUUUCUUUGUUGGAUUUGCACAGGUGUGGUGUUCUGUGCGAACCCCCGAGAGUAGCCAUGAAGGGCUAGUUACAGAUCCUCAUAGUCCAGCCAAAUUUCGAGUUAUUGGGACCCUGUCAAAUUCAAGGGACUUUGCUGAACAUUUCAACUGUCCCAAAGGGACCCUGAUGAACCCAGGAAAAUACUGUGAUGUGUGGUGAGAGGGUGUAUGGCACUCUGUCUGUGUGGAAUGAUGACAUGUGUAUGAGAGUGUGUUUGACAGGUAAACAAUAUGUAUGUGUGGUGAGACUGGCAGGCAAUGUGUGCAAGAGAACUUAGCUUAUUACCUACCUUGUCCUCAUUGUGAUAACAUAGCAAAGAAUAUUACCACAGCACUGCCAAAGACAGAAGCAGCACUAGGUGGCCAGGGAUGAAAGUCCUAUUUCUCAACAGUAUAAAUGGAAAUUACCUUCUUUUCAACUACACGUAGAUAACUAGAUUACACCCCAAACUGUUGUAACAUGGAACAUGUUGUAACCAGAGGUGGACAAGGACAGAAGAGGGCCCCCGUGCAAGACCGGCAUAUGGCCCCUUCAGCUUAAACUGCUCAGUAUAAAGCACCUCAUAAUGUCUCUCUAGCAAUCUACAAAUAUCUGAGAAUGAAAUUUAAUUGCUCACUCCAUUACAUACAAUUUAAAAAUCAUCAGAACUCAGCUUUAAAAGGGGCUAUCCAGGAUUUUUAUGUUGAUGGCCUAGCCUCAGGAUAAGUCACUUGGCCUAGGCACAGUCAUUUGGCUUGAGCUGCAAUACCGAGCACAACCGCUAUACACGGUACAGCAUUAUGUUUGGUAAGUUGUGAGGAGGCCAUCAAUAUCAAAAUCCUGGGCAACCCCUUUGAGCUGACAAUGGGCCGCCGACUUCUGGGCCCCUGUGCAGCUGUACAAGUUGCACAUACAGUAUGUUAUGACUGCCCCUGGUUGUAAUAUAUAUAUGUAUGUAAAAUACUAAUCCUACAUAAUUACAGUUAAGGUUGGCAUCAGUCUAAUGUCUACGAGAGCUACUAGACAAUCCUUCAAGCACUGCUGUCAGGGAAAACUCAGUGCGGACAGGGGAGAUUUCACCUGUCUGAUCCUUUUCUUUCUCUGGGAGUAACCUCUACCUACUAUACUAUAAUAAUAUGUACAUUUGUCUGACAGAUGUAUUAUAUGUUUACCCCACUUUUGCCUUGCCUUCAGUUUUGCCACAAGUAAAUCUUCAUUUUAUUAUGUGUGAUAAAUCAGCAGGAGAGGAUUAGUACUUUGUCACUGGAUAAUGUACCCUAAUAUACAUGAUUAGCAUAAUAGCCAUCACUGGGAAAGACAUUUAUACAGGUCAUAGAACUCUACUAAUUUCUAAUAGGAUUUACAAUAUUCUUUAUAACACAAACCUCGGCUGCUGCAGGAAAAAAAAAGAGCUUUCUGUUCACCAUACAUUCACUGAAUGAUAUGAAACGCCCUCAUCCUUUUCAUAAAGGUCUGCAGCAUCUAAGGCUACUUUCACACUAGCGUUCGGGUUUCCAUUCGUGAGCUCCGUUUGAAGGAGCUCACGAGCGGACCCGA